AUGACGCGGAUCGAAUUUGUUUGUCAAUUCCUUGGAUAAAUACGAUAAGCAUUUGAUCAAUAAAUCGGCGAUUCGCUGUUAAAACAUGUUUAAUGGCACUAAACAAAUAAAGGUCAAAAUUCUUUUAGUGCAUUUCAAACUAUUUGUGGAAUUACGGUUCACAAUACACAUCUAUACAUACAUGUUAUGAAAAGUGUAAGAACGUAUUUUUGACUGCAAGGAAAUAUUUUACGGAUUUUAAAAUAGUGUUCUGGUAAAUGGUUUAUGCACUAAAAAGCGGAAAGCUACAAAACGUUUAUUUUCUUAAGUCAUAAAAAAGUUGUGUUACAGGAGAGACUUUUAAAAGAUGAUAUCCAUGUUGCAUCCAUACAACCCUCAAGCAAUGUUGUUUGCCAUCAUAUUUGUAAUCCAGGGAGUGACGUCAUUCUUAUGUCCAACACGAAGAUGUCCGGACAUUCCAGUUGAUCCAAUUUGUGGAACAGAUAUGAGGACGUAUAAAAAUUUGUGCAAGCUGCGAGAAAGUUCCUGCAAGAACGGAAAAUCGAUAAAGAUUGCCUACGCUGGCAGAUGUACAGAAUGCGAAGACAAAGAAACUGCGAGAAAGCUGCUGGUACGACAGUUUUUUGAAGUUAGUGGUUCACCUUGUCAAAAGUUUGGCAUCCCAAACGAUCAAACGUUGAGAAUGUGUUUACAGAUGAAUUUUUUAAAACUGGACAAAACAAAAAGACAAUAUGUGAAAUAUAAAACCUUCUCCAUACUCUUUCGCGAACUUAAAAAAUAUCGCAAGAGCAGAAAAUGCUUAAAAACAAUGGCAAAGCAUUGUGAUGUAAAUAACGACAAAAAAGUUACGGAAGACGAAUUUAUUGGAUGCUUUAUGACAAGUACCAGCUCAGAACGAACUGCCCGCUGUACAGGAAAGUCUAGAGACUUUAGUUGUCUAAAAGAUGGGAAAUACGCAGCCCUGCAAUGUGUUUUAAAUGUGUGCUACUGUUCUGCUGAUGAUGGAAAUGUUAUUAUCCACUUCAAAGAAGAAGACAAACAGAAAUACGAUUGCACCAAAGUGAGAGAAAAUUGGGAAGCUCGAAAAACACUAACAUCAAAAUGUACAGAAUCAGACAUGGAAGAUUUAAUUUCAAAAUACAAAACGAGUAUAGAAGAUGAAAUCAUAGCUAAAGAACCAAAUUUCAUAAAGCCAGUAAAAACAAGCAUUGAAAAUUUCUUAGCUGAGCGUGGUUUUCGAAGUAUGCACACAAUCAAUAAGUUACUUGUUUGGAAAUUCAAGCAGCUUGAUAGAAAUAAAAAUGGCGCACUUCAAGAAAACGAAUUAAAAGUUGUGAAGAACGAGUUAAAAGAUAUUUCGACGCUUUGCACGAAUUCGUUAUUAAAUUCAUGUAAUGUAAACCAGGACUUAUACAUAACUAAAAAGGAAUGGAGAAUUUGCUUAGGGUUUAAAAAAGAUGGCGCAUUUGUUCCGAAAAAAAAGAAAAAGAUGAACGAAAAAGGAAAAAAGAUUCUUCCAACCCGACGUACUGGAGGCUGCCCUCCUGUUGCGUUUUGUACUUUGUCGUGUAAUGCUGGUUUUGAAAGAGAUAAAAAUGGAUGCAUAACAUGCAAAUGUAGAGAUUUUCUCUCUUUUUUGACAACUUGGAAAGGAGAUAUAAAAACGUGAAAAAGAGAGCGCAAACAGUUGAAAUAUUUGUAUAAGAGUUAAGAGGAGGCUUCUCAUAGAUACGCACUGCUGUACAACAACUGUAUAAAACAGAACAGUCGGAAAAGUAUAUUGUAAAGCGCAGAUCUGUUUUCCUCAAACUUGUUGUAAUGGAGACACAAGAGUGUAAUGAAUCAAUAAAAACUGACUAGAAAUAACGUUCAUGGUAUCCAUGGAAACUUAAUAAACAACUGAUGUGUAUAAAUAUGAUUGGUUAUUUAUAAAAAGAGAUGUUGAUUUUAUAACUACAUUUGUAAUGGAAAUUAAUUACUUGGUUAUGACCACUUGCAUCCAGUUAGUUCCCAGGGUUUUCUUUCAUUUACCGUUAGGGUAAACUUUCGCGAUGUCACAGCCGUAGCAUAUAGAAUAGCUCUGCUCUUUUUUGAGGGGUGGGUGGUUAUUAAAACUUUUUCUCUCGCUUUUUAAAGCUGGUGGCUUAGGGGGAGGGGGGAGGGGGGGGGGUUUGCGAUUACAUGAGAGGCCGGACAGAACGAUUGUCGGCGCAGGACGUUUCCCGGUAAUUUUGUCUUGUCUUUACACGGAAAGAAGUUUGUCAUACAGUAGAGUUUCCAUAACUCGAACCUCUAUUACUCGAACGUCUCCUUAAUUCGAACGAAUUCGUUGGCACCGUGAAAAUUUCCUAAUAAACUCUUAUAAAAAAACCUCUACUACUCGAACCUCCAUAACUCGAAUGUUCCCUUAAGUCGAACAGAUUAUUUUGUUCUUAAAGUUUUUUGACUCCAUAAUUCGAAUUUUGUGGCAUUUUGAAAAAAAUUGAUAAGAGUUUUCCUGAUCAUUUAACUCUUUAUCAUUUUCAUAUUUUAAUGUUUACGUGUGUUGUGGGCCUUAUAUUGUUCGAAUGCAUGAUUCGAAUGUUUUGUUUGUGUUUCGAACAACAACGCUUUCUCGAAAUUUGGGGAAGAAACGUUGGCUUUCCUAAAGGACUUGAAUAAAAACAUCAAACGAGAUUAUGAUGAUACUUGUAAACAAUCAAUUAUAACUGAUUUUUUCAAUAAAUUUGAGCAGAAAACAACUAAAACGCUCUGUUUCUGUAUUUCACCAACCCAGAACCCCCAAUAAGUAAGACUACGUACUUAAUAUACUGUUUUUUUUCAUCUGGUAGGCAAAUAAGGGAAAAAUUUGGAAAAAACUUGAAAACCUCGACUACUCGAACGUCUCCUUA